AACCAACCCAUCUUAACGCGCCGCACGUAAAGACAUAUUAAGUAAAUCUUCAACAUGGUGCGCAAACUCAAGCACCACGAGCAGAAGCUCCUGAAGAAGGUCGACUUCAACACAUACAAAAGCGACAAUGAUCAUCGGGAAGCAGCGGUAAUGCGCCGCUAUGCCAUCCAAGGCCGAGACGACUACCGAAAAUACAACCAGCUCGCUGGUUCUCUGCGACAACUCGCGCACAAGAUUGCCGCCUUGGACCCGUCGGAUCCGUUCAGAAGAAAACAUGAAGACUUGAUGCUGGAGAAGCUUUGGGAUAUGGGAAUUCUCGGUACUGGUGGAGGCGGCAGGGGGAAGCUGAGCGACAUCGAGCAUAAGGUUACUGUGUCUGCGUUUGCACGGAGGAGAUUGCCUGUUGUAAUGACCCGGCUGCGCAUGUCGGAUCAUAUCCAGGCGGCAACAACCCUUAUCGAGCAGGGGCACGUCCGCGUUGGAACGGACGUUAUCACCGACCCGGCAUAUCUCGUCACAAGGAACAUGGAGGACUUUGUGACCUGGGUCGACUCUUCCAAGAUCAAGCGCAACAUCAUGAAGUACCGCGACAAGCUGGACGACUUCGAACUCGAAGCCGUAUGAGAUGAUUACCUGAUUUAUUGUGAAUGGGCGUUAUGGGCUUCUACAGCAUCUCACGGCGUUACGGCAUGACCUUUGAUAUCCGGAUAUAAACAAAAUUCAAUCCUUUACGCUUCGCAUUUAUGGCGAAGCUACGUCC